GGGAUGCAUCCAGCGACUGUGCCUUCGGCUUUCCACGGGCCAUGGGCGUGCGCAUGAUCCUCCGGCGGGGGAUCCGCGAGGAUGGGCACGCGGCUGAUGGGCAAGCUGCUUCUUGCGGCGGCGCUGCAUUGGAGGUUGUCGCUUGCCGACGAAGAUGACACCGAGGUGGAGACCUGCUGGCUCGACGACCCCUUGGGCAGCCAGAGUGCUUGGGCCCAGCAGUGCUGCAGGCCUCGCCCUUGCGGGCGCGAGGCAUGCUGGGCGCCGCCCACGUUCACCUACGAGUUUUGCUGUGAGGAGGCCGCCUGCCGGCCCCUCCCCGUUGAGGAGGUGAAGCGCGCGUUGGACGCGGUGGUUGAGUCGCUGCCCAACGCCAACGCCUCGGUGCUGGCCUUCCGCACCGCGCCGGAGGCCUUCCGCGCCAUGCGGCGUUUGGAGUCGGAGGGAGUGCAGCUCGUUGCGGAGCACCAGGCCUGCGCCUGCGCGAUCGCGUACUUCGCCGCGGCGCUGCUGUGGCACGCCGAGGACAGCCCGAAAUUGGCCACAGCUGUUGGGCCGAGGUGGUUCCUCUUCGGGAUCGAGUGGGGCAACCUCCUGGUGGAGGGCUGGGCCGGGAUCUUCGGGUGGUUGGAUCGCUUUUCCGCGGAAGAAGGAGUGGUGCCGGAACCUGCGGAGGCAGAACUGGAGAAGCGGCGCCUGGACUUGAUGGAGGUUAUGCGGCAAGAACAGGCGGAGGCGCAGCGGCUCUUCAGCAUCGAGCCGCAAGACAACAUCUCCGGGCUGCUUCACGCCCUGCGCGGCCGCGGCGCCCUGCGCCGCAUCUGGAAGCAGCUGCGGACAGACCUGGCCUGGCGUCGACGAGGGCAGAGAUGUGUGGUGGCGCAGGGGGAGAAAGACCGUGGCAGGUGGAUUUGCGAGCCGUGGAGCUAUCACCUUUCUGCGAACUUCUCCUCCCUUCUCCACGGCCAUGAAGGUUUCGGCGAUGGGCUUGGGGCCUCCAACGUGGCGGUGUGCGUCCUGGGCGCGCCCCGCACGGUGGUGAAGACCUAUCCCUCCAUCCGGGACAAGGUGGUGAUGGCGUUGAACGGGGAUGCCUUCAUCUACGUGCCAUUCCCCGGCUCUUUGACGCCAGCCCUGGAGGAUGAUCUGAAAGAGCUGGGCCGAGCAGUGACUGCCAUCGUGGUGCCUGACAUCAACCGGUCCGAGUUCGAGGCACGGGUGCUGAGUGAGCUGGCCGACCCUCGGCUGCCGAUGCUCUACGGGCGCGCCAAGGGCCCCUGGCGAGCCCCGCUCUUCCGGCAGAUGGGCAGCAGCAUGUGGGGCUACCACAACCAGCACUGCUGUCGGAGGAUGGUUGAGUCCUUCGAGCAGCAGCGCGGAUGGCAGUACGAAUGGGUGGUUUUCGCCCGAGCGGAGAUGUAUUGGACCCAGGAUCAUCCACCCAUCCAGGUGCUGCACCCUGACUACGUCCAUAUUCCCAUGGGCCAGGACAAUAGCUUCUACAACUUCAACCCGCUGAAAGGCAUCAACGAUCGCCACGCGGUGGUGCCGAAGCGGUACUUCGAUUCCUACUUCAACCGCUAUGAGUCUCUUCUGGACGGACGUGCCUGGCGGUACCUCGCCAAAGUUGCAGAGGAGGGCUGGCUGGUGAACACUGAGCAGUAUCUGCUGUUGCACCUGCGGGCCCACGCCGUGCCAGUCCGGCGCUUCCCGCCGGUGGCGUUCCUGUCUCAUUGCACUGAAGGCCCGCAGUGCCAGCACCUCUACAAGGGCACCAGCCUGGGGAAGCAACGCUGGACACACACGGCCAAGUAUUUCACAGAGCUCAUCGAAGCCCGACGCACGUCGGUGGAUGACUUCCACUACCGCUUCAGACGGCUACAGAGCGGGUGGAUAUGGAUGCCGAUUCGGCCACACGCUGUCUGGAUCUGGGGCAUGGUCCUCAAGGCGGAUCGGGUCGCUCCACUGCCUGAACUGGAGCCCCACGAGCUUCUGAGUGUGGACGUGGUGUGCGGCCUGGCGAAGCACGGGGCAAUCUCAAGCUUGCGAUGGGUGUUCUUCAGGAGAUGUGAAUGCCAUGCAUCGGGGUGACGGCUGAAGAUCGGUUGUCACCUCUUCAGGGUUGCUCCGAGCCGUUCGAAGUCCCGUA